GCCCUCGAAUAGAUUUCUAUUAACGCCAUCUACGUCCGUAUCUAGCACAGCUGAGUAACCAAACGCUGCUGCUGGAAGUGGAAUCAAAGGUUUAUAAUUAUUAACCAAAUAGAAAAGGUAGAUCUAAGCUGAACCCAUAAGACAACGGGGACUUCAAGUUCAAGAUGCCAGCUAAAGGAGGACGGAAAGGAGAAGUCAAGGAAGAGGAAAAAGUGCCUCUACUCAGGGGUGUUUUUGUAUUUCCAAAUGGAGACAGAUAUGAGGGUGAUUAUGUGAAGACCGAUGACGGAGCCAUCGAGCGCAACGGCCACGGAUUGCACAUCACACCCGAUGGGCUGUGUUAUGAUGGAGAGUGGGCCGGUGAUAAGAUGAACGGACAAGGAAAACUAACGCAUCCCAGUGGAAGCGUCUAUGAAGGAGAGUUUGUCAAUAACCAGUUCCACGGCAAGGGAAGAUACACAUUCGCCAACAAGGCUGUGUUUGAUGGUGAAUUCAAUGAAAAUAAAAUGGAAGGCGAUGGGCAAUUUUCAGAUACGGACAAACAAGUCUGGUUCGGUGCUUUCCACUGUAAAGCAGCUCCAGGACUGAAAUUUAAACUGUCAAUGUGAAUGGGACAUCACACAGCCAUUGUGCCAUGGAUUCUAUAUGUGAGCAGGACAUUCGUAUGAACAGGACAUCAGACUGCGUGACUUGAGAAUGUCUGGGUUUCAAACUGCCAUUGUGCUUUUGAGCAGGAUUUCUUACCUGAAGAAGAGGAUCAGACUGGAUGUCUGUCAUCCUUCUUUUCAUCGGCUUUGGAAUGCAUUCUUACAAACUGCAUUUUCAUCCAUUUUAUUGCGGAAACUGAAUGUUGCCAUGGAAAUGUGCUUAAUAUGGACUUCUGAAGGACCUCUAGAUUCAGACAGUCAUUGGAAGAAAGAUGCUCUUAAUGAACGAUCAUCAGUCAGUAUAGAGACUGAAGCUCUUGGUCAAAGACAAUAAUAAUAAUACACACCUGGAUCCCAUUGCAUAAAAGUUAUUAUUAUAGAAACUUUGCCAUCCAAUGGUAACUUUCAUGGAAUCCUUGAUUUUGAUUGGAUGUUGAUCAGCGUCACCAUGGUAGUAACUUUUAUGCAACAGGGCCCUGGAUUUAUGUUUCAUAAAGACCUACAGCAAUGGUAAUCGCAAUCGCAAUCAAGAUUUCCAUGGUAGUACUAGUAACCGUAAUUGCAAAGUUACAAUAGUUGCAAGUCUUUAUGAAACGGGGGCCCCCUGGGUGGUGUUUCAUAAUGCUCUUGAUACGUUACGCUUGACUGGUGUUCCUGUCUUGGAUGCUAAUCAUUUAGAUUUUCAUCAGCUUCAAUUUAAAUCCAAUCCUUGUAGAUUAAAAUCGUUUAACUAGCAUCCAAAUGGAAAAAAGAGAGUUUAAUUGGGGUUAACAAAAAAAAACCAACCUCAUAUGUUAAAACUUGACUUCUAGGGUAUCACAUUUUACAUGAGAGAGAAUCCCAGUUAUGCGUGAAGUUGGGCGUAACUUACUAAAAGCAUUAUGAGACAGCCCCUCUGGGUGUUUUAAAGUGAGAUCAGCUGGUCUUAAAAUCACAUAGUAUCCAUGUAUUUUUCAAUACAUUACUGUAAUGGUCAGACCAUGCCCAUCAUUUUGGUUUAAAUGAAUACUCUUAAGAAGCAAAAACGUUGGCAAAAAUAUCAUUUUGAAUUUGCAAAUCCAAUGUGAUAGAAUAUUUUUGACAAAGAGGUGACAUUUUGUUUCAAUCACUCAUUUAUGGCAAGUCUGUAUAUAUCAUAAAUAUCACUGAUGUACAAGGGGGGUGGCCAUGGACCCCCCAAAAAACCUCAGGACUAAGAAAAAAAAAGAGGGAAAAAGGAAUGAAAAGGGUGAAAUAUACUUAUUUAUAGAUAUUGCAUCAAACCGUAUGAACUAAUUAGAUCUUUGAAUUCAAUUAGAAAUUUUGCCACGUCUGGCCCCUCAAAAUGUUUGGCUCAUUCCGCUACUGAUUAAUAUUCAAAUUGUGAAAGCAACUAGAAGAAAACACAUUUUCUAAUGUAAUUUUUAAUUGUCGAUUGUGUAAGGUAUGAACAAAUUAUGUACUAUUUUUAUAUGAUACAUUGUAAAUGUGCUUCCUUCUGGAGGGCACGUAGCUUAUACAUGUAACUAUAUAUCAGAAAAUUGAGAAGAAUUAUAAAAUGUUGUUUGCCUUUUACUACAAAUUGCAAACAUAUAUUUCCAGGGUGAUUGAUAAUAUUACUCUUAUCAUAGACCAAUGAAAGACGGAAAUUCAUGGGUUAAUUAUUGAAUUCUCUAGUCUAACACUGCUAUUUGAAUAAUAUUCUCUCCCUAAUUGUUUACUUUGAUCCCAUAAUGGUUGCCAUCAAGUAGGCCAUAGGAUUAAAGGAGCAGUCCAAAUAAACAUUGUUGCAUGAACUGUAUGCAUAGAAGAUAAUCACUUAAAUCCUGGAGAUCCUAUGUGUGCAGUACUGGUUUACAGUUUACAAUCUUAGUUCCAUGCGGUGUAUUUAGGAGAAUAUAUUUCAAGACAGAGGCUGUAUUGUAAUUUGAUUUUUGUAUCAUUUCCAAGUUUCCUCCUAAUAUUCCAGAGAUACGUGGCACAUACUUCUAGCUUGUCAGAAUUGUGUUUCUCUCAUUGUUACUGAGGUCAUUACAGCAUGCAUGUGUGGAAGUUUGUGAAUUGAUAGUAACAAAUUUUAUAUCACAAAAAUCGUCGUUCUCAAUUUUGCUGCUCCAAAUCUGAAAUAUGUUAAUUGAAAGGUAUAUUCUUAUACAUGACUUCAGCCAUCAACCAACACUAAAAACUGCUCCUAUGUUAAUCAUCAGAUAAUAUUCCAGAGAUUCAUGACACAUACGUGUAGCUUGUUGUGGGAUUGUGUUUCUCUCAUUGAUACUGAGGUCAUUACAGCAUGCAUGUGUGGAAGUUUGUGAAUUGAUAGUAACAAAUUUAAUAUCACAAAAUCGUUGUUCUCAAUAUUGCUGCUCCAAAUCUGAAAUAUGUUGAUUGAAAGGUAAAUUCUUCUAUAAUAUGACUUUAGAAAUCAACCAAGCUUCUUUCUUAAUCAUUAGUAGUUGCUAAUGCUAUUGUCAAAAUUCCUGUUUAUUUACAUCCUUUCUGAGAUGCACAUUUAAUCAAAAGGCAGCUAACAUUGCAUCAAAGGAGUCCAUUUCUUGUAGGUCCAUACUCUAUGUAAUUAAGGGGGAAAAUAAAGAUAUUUUUGAUAUAAUGGUAUAAUUUUGGCUACUAUAACUUAAGUUUUAACAUAAAAAACAUGGUCAACAAUAUGAAAUACAUGCAUGAACUGAUCAUAUAAUAUGUGAGGAUUUUUUUUUUUUUUGGGGGGGGGGAGGGUCACAUCCAAAAUUUCAAUUCUUUUUAAAAAUACAUGCAUCAACUGAUCAUAUUAAACUAUAUGUAGAAGCUUUUGGGGCCUGGGGAAGGGGGCAACGGUAUAUGGGUACAAAGGUGAAUUAACCUGAGCAAAGGAAUUCUCUGUCUGAUAAUUGCUUGUUUACAUUUUCUAUGAUGCUUCACAUUCUAUUUGAAACCUAUCAACAUAGAUUUUGAUCCAAGAAUGAAAAUUGUCAUGAGAAUGCAAAUAGUCAAAGGCAAUUAUUUCAUACAAAUAUUGAGUGUGUAUUGUUCAGUCUGACAUGACAAUGCCAGCUCCUCAUUCAGUAUUGACCUUGUUUAAUAUUUACUCAAGCCUGCAUGGCCACCUACAUUGGUGAUAUACAGUACAUGUGUAUACCACAUUGGGAAAGUCUCUCUUUUAGUCCAUGUAUUUUAUGUAUUUUCUUGUGGAGCAUUCGAGGACUGCCAGUGAUGUUGAAUAUCACACUUUUAUUUAUAUUUUUUUUAAUAUUUGUAAAUAUACUCAAAAGUUCUUCUAUGAUUAUUCCUAUAUGUGUACAAAGGUUAAAUUCCAUGAUGGAUUCUAAAUGUUGGCAAGAGCGCAUUAAAAAAACAUCAUUGUCAUAUUGUAA